CAGUGCAUCCCCAGACGAGAGAGUGCUGGUGCGUACUCUCGCUUUCUCUCCUCUCUGGCCUCAGUGCCAUGUGAAGAAGCGCAAUUGCACUCCCCCUGGUUUGCCAAGGACUGCAGCCUCAAGCUAGUACAUGCAUCCGAUAAUCAUCUUCUCCUACAAAAUGGAUUUUAGCCAGAACAAUCUGUUUGGUUACAUAGAAGAUCUGCAGGAACUUACUAUUAUAGAAAGGCCCGUACGCAGGAGCCUGAAGACACCAGAAGAAAUAGAAAGAUUGACAGUUGAUGAAGAACUCAAUGAUAUUGAAAGGGCUGUUUAUCUACUCAGUUCUGGUCAGGACAUCCAGGGAACAAGUGUGGUUGCAAAUCUUCCAGUCUUGAUGCGACAGAAUCCUUCAGAGACCCUACGGAGAGUUCUUCCAAAAGUGAGAGAGGUCCUGCCUGUUGCAGGGGUGGAAAUGCAGUUAACAGCUGCUGUUUCACUUUUGACUAUUCUACAAGAGGAGUCAAUAUCCAUCCAUACUUACACCCACUCCCUCCUACACAUCAUUCUACAGAAUCUGGAGCACAGAGAUGCAGGUGUCAGUAAUGCAUGGCUGGAAACCCUUCUUGCUGCAAUAGAAGCUUUACCAAAAGAAACCAUAAGACAUGAGAUCCUGAAUCCUCUUGUUUCCAAGGCACAGCUUUCCCAAACACUUCAGUCUCGCUUGGUUAGUUGUAAAAUCUUGGGAAAAUUAGCUAACAAGUUUGAAGCUCAUAUCAUUAAAAGAGAAAUUCUUCCACUGGUAAAAUCUCUGUGCCAGGAUGUAGAAUAUGAAGUUCGUUCUUGCAUGUGUCGGCAACUGGAGCACAUAGCUCAAGGAAUAGGGACAGAACUGACUAAAAAUGUUGUGCUUCCUGAGCUGGUAGAACUAGCAAGAGAUGAAGGCAGCAGCGUACGUCUUGCAGCUUUUGAGACCCUGGUUAAUCUACUGGAAAUGUUUGAUGCAGAUGAUAGAAGCCAAACUGUCCUUCCAUUAGUGAAAUCAUUCUGUGAAAAAUCCUUCAAAGCGGAUGAAUCCAUUCUGGUUUCAUUAUCUUUCCACUUAGGGAAGCUUUGUAAUGGACUAUAUGGGAUUUUUACACCAGAGCAGCACUUGCGAUUUUUGGAAUUUUAUAAGAAGCUUUGCACACUGGGAUUAGAACAGGAAAACGGACACAAUGACAACCAGGUACAACUCCAAACCUUAGAACAGGAAAAGAAGUACAUCUCAGUGAGGAAGAACUGUGCGUACAAUUUACCAGCCAUGAUUGUAUUUGUGGAUCCAAAAAAUUUCAAUUUGGAACUCUACUCUACAUUCUUCUGUCUCUGUCAUGACCCAGAAGUGCCAGUCAGACACACGAUGGCUAUUGGCUUCUAUGAAGUUGCUAAGCUUUUAAAUACCGAUGUGUAUGUAGUACAUAAAGAACUGGUAGCCCUAUUACAGGAUGAGUCACUAGAGGUGUUAGAUGCAGUAAUAAGUCACCUUCCUGAUAUUCUUGAACUGUUAUCUACUGGAGGCGAAGGUGGUGGAUCGGAAAGCAAGCUUUUGAAUUUCCCAGAGUUGAUUCCAGCGCUAACAAGAGCGGAGCAGAGAGCAGCAACGUCUUUGAAAUGGAGGACUCAUGAGAAAUUACUCCAAAAAUAUGCCUGCCUGCCUCAUGUCAUCUCAAGUGAUCAGAUUUAUUACCGUUUUUUGCACAGGAUGUUGACAAUCAUUAUGACAAAUAAUGUCUUGCCUGUGCAAAAAGCUGCUGCUCGAACCCUAUGCAUUUACUUACGUUACAAUCGCAAGCAGGAGCAGAGGCAUGAGGUCAUUCAGAAACUGAUUGAACAACUGGGCCAAGGGAAAAGCUAUUGGAACAGAUUGCGGUUUUUAGAUACUUGUGAAUUCAUCAUAGAACUCUUUUCCAAAUCUUUUUUCUGCGAAUACUUCUUUCUACCGGUGCUUGAACUUACACAUGAUCCAGUAGCAAACGUGAGAAUGAAGCUUUGCUACCUGUUGCCAAAAGUGAAAUCUACUCUCAAGGUUCCAACUGAUAAACAUUUACUGCAGCAGCUGGAAUUGUGUGUCAGGAAACUUCUGUGUGAGGAGAAAGACAAAGAUGUCCUGAGCAUUGUGAAGAAGAUGGUGCUAGAACUGGACAGAAUGGAAUCAUCUGUGGAUGCUUUUCAGAAGAGAUUCUAUGAAAAUGAUUUAUUGGACCAGCAAAAAGAAAGGGAGGAGCAUCUGCUCUUGGAAAUGGAACAAUUAGAAAAAGAGAAACAGCAAAAUGAGACCAGGUCUACCAGUGUGAGCGAUAAAAUAUAUGAAAAGAAGCGUAGAGACAGUAAAACGUCAUCAACUUUGUCCAAAAGCAUACCAAUGUCUGUUUCUGGAAAUCCUCCAGGUUCUUCAACAAGUAAAGAAGUAAAGAAGUCAAAGCUGGUUCGAAGUCAGUCUUUCAGUAGUCAAGCCUUGCACUCAAAAUAUGGCAGCAUAGAUAAAUGUUCCAGCAAAAGUUCCUCAACAGGAUAUAGUUCUGUGCCAACAGUAGGAAAAAGUUCUUUGUUCUCUUUUACAGAUGAUUCUUUCCGUACUCGUUCCAGCAACUCCAGUGGGACUGCUGCCUUUUCCUCUACUUCCACUUUACCAUCUUCCUCUCGUAAUUCAAGCAACUCAGUUGAUCAAAAAAACAAUGGGAGUAAAGAAAGCCAUUCGCGGAAGGUUAGCUUGAAAAACAGAAAGUCAAAUUCCUAGAGUGGGUAAAAGAAAGGAUGCAAACCAAAGACCGCUGGAGGCAACAUGGAUGAAAGAUCAGUGGAAGCUGGAGUGGAACUUAACCAUAAGGAGUGGCGAAGAGAGACUUACCUGCAUCUUGCAUUGUUAACAUCCUCCGUCAGUUAAAUAAAUUCCUAUGUUGUAAAAUAUCUUCAUAGAAAUAAUGUAAUAUGUGCAGAAUUCCAAUGUUGUAAGUGAAGUGUUUAAUUCAAUGUUACUUUAGCAAUGUGCUUAAAAACUGCUGCAGCUAAAGAGACAGGGUUUUUUUUUCUUCCUCUCAAUUAUGCCUUUUUAUAGUUCAGGUUAUUUGAUUUGGAAUACAAGUGCCCUCUACUUUAAAGCAUACCUAUUUUUGAGCUUAAGAAUUCCUAACGUGACUUUGCUAUGGCAAUAGGGCAAUAUAAGUGAAUCGGCUCUGCAUACAAGAUGAAUUGAACAAGUUAGGUUUUUCCUCGCUCAGAAAAGCUGUUGAACAUCAGAUCGACUCUAGUGUGGAACCUGGACACAUGGACAAAGAAGUAUUCAGAAGUAGUCCAACAUACGAUUGUGCUAUGAUUUUGAACAAGAUUGCUUAUUUAGUGUACAAUACUCGCUGAUAGGUUUUCCUUUUACCUUUUAAUAAGAACAAAUACCUCCAAAUAGCAUACAAAACAAUUUCUUGGGUUUCAUAUCGCAAUUUCAUUGUAUAAAUACUUCGUUUUAACUUCUAGUAUUUCAGGUUGUAGUUUUCUCUUUAUCCAACACUUUAGAAAAUGAUGAAUCCAGUUUGUAAUCCGUUGUUCUUUCAAGCUAUCAUGCUUUUUAGUGUCAUCAACAGCAUUUUUGUUUGUAUUCAUGCUCACAUUUCUAUCAAAAUUUGCCUGCAGAUAACAUGCAGUUCUAUUUAAGAAGUUAUAUUUAUGCCAAUACUUGAGAGACUGUAUGAAGCUAUUGUCAGCUUCUCUAUUUCACAAAUGCAAUCAGCAAAAUUAUAUUGAUAUCAGAAAUCUGUUUUUUAAAAUAUAUUGGUGUAUGAUAAAGAUAAUCUACUUUGUGAAUGAAAAUGUGUGUGGUUACUUCUUACAAUGUGAAUUAAUGACCGCUUUGCGCACAAUAAAACGUAGGAUGUUAAA